AUGUCCGGCUACAACGAUUACGACGGUGGCUACCGGGAGAAGCAGUCAGAGCGGUCACGAUGGACGCCAUUAACACGGAUGCUUCUUUCGGGUGAGAUGACCCAGGAGAAGCAAAAGGAACUGACGAACCGCGAAAAGUUUGACCGUUGGAUGAUCAACGAAGGCUACCGUCGAUUCUUUGUGUUUGUCUUCAUGCUGCUUCACGGCAUGGUGUUUGCGUUUGGUUUUGUCAACUAUGCACGGAAAGACAGCUUGCAAAACGCUCGCGAUGUCUUCGGUCCGACAUACAUGAUUGCUCGUGCCGCCGCCCUCGUUCUGCAUUUCGACGUGGCCCUGAUCUUGUUCCCCGUCUGCCGCACUUUCAUCUCGCUUGCCCGCCAAACGCCUCUGAAUGGCAUCAUUCAAUUCGACAAGAACAUCACGUUCCACAUCACGACAGCGUGGUCCAUCGUCUUCUUUUCCUGGGUCCACACGAUCGCUCACUGGAACAACUUCGCCCAGAUUUCUGCCAAGAACAACCUCGGUUUCUACGGAUUUCUGCUCGCCAACUUUACAUCUGGCCCUGGCUGGACUGGAUACACGAUGCUGACCGCGCUCAUGGGCAUGGUUCUUACUUCAGUUGAGAAGCCGCGUCGUGCCAACUACGAGCGUUUCUGGUACACGCACCACAUGUUCGUCAUCUUCUUCUUCUUUUGGUCGAUCCACGGUGCCUUCUGCAUGAUUCAGCCCGAUGUCGCGCCAUUCUGUGUCUCAAUCGGCACUCAGGCAGUCGGAGUAUUCUGGCAAUACUGGAUGUACGGUGGCUUCAUCUACCUGGCAGAGCGUGUUGCGCGUGAGCUUCGGGGCCGUCACAAGACAUACAUUUCCAAGGUCAUUCAGCACCCCAGCAACGUGUGUGAGAUUCAGAUCAAGAAGGAGCACACAAAGACCCGUGCGGGCCAGUACAUCUUCUUCAGCUGCCCGGCCGUAUCGAUCUGGCAGUACCACCCGUUCACGUUGACCAGCGCGCCGGAGGAGGACUACAUUUCCAUCCACAUGCGUGUUGUCGGUGACUUCACACGCGAGGUGGCCAAGGCUCUGGGCUGCGAGUUCGACCGCAAGGACAAGGAUGCGUCCAAGGUGGUCGGUGUCAACGGCGAUAACAACGACGUCGACCCGGCGCUGCGGCGCGUCCUUCCGCGUGUCUAUGUUGAUGGACCCUUCGGCUCGGCAUCCGAGGAUGUGUUCAAGUACGAGGUGUCGGUGCUGGUCGGUGCCGGUAUUGGGGUCACGCCGUUUGCAUCGAUUCUCAAGUCGAUAUGGUACCGGAUGAACUACCCCCAGUCCAAGACCCGCCUGUCCAAGGUGUACUUUGUUUGGAUUUGCCGUGACUUCGGCUCGUUUGAGUGGUUCCGGUCGCUGCUGCUGGCCAUUGAGGCGCAGGAUGUGGACAACCGAAUUGAGAUCCACACGUACCUAACGGCCAAGAUCAAGAUUGACGAUGCCACGAACAUCAUGAUCAACGAUGCCAACGCAGACAAGGACGCCAUCACGGGUCUGCGCGCGCCGACCAAUUUCGGCCGCCCUAACUGGGACAUGAUCUUCCGGGGCAUUCGCAAGUUGCACACGCCUGCCGAGGCGGGUGUGUUCUUCUGCGGUCCCAAGGGUCUCGGCAGCACACUGCACAUUUUCUGCAACAAGUACAGCGAGCCUGGCUUCUCGUUCGUCUGGGGCAAGGAGAAUUUCUAG